AUGUCUCCCAACCACUCCGCUGGCCAGACUUGGGCCACAAACACUUCGCCCACAUUCUCCACUGGUCCCUACGGCGCUCAUACCUGGAACUUUCCCACUCAAGAUGCGGAGGCUUCUGUUAGCGUUGGCAGUGGUUCUGGCCCGGAGAACAUGCCACCCGUGGUCCCCUUCCGUGAGCCGAUCGCUGGAGAUCCUCGCCUCUCCGCUUCGCCAUACCGUUUCCUUCAUUGCUAUUCGGAGCAGUGGUUGAAGGAGAACGCAUCUCAACCACCUCAAGUCCCGGCGUCUGCGCCUUUCAACCAAUGCGCUACCGCUUCGUUCGGCAAUGACAACGGUGCUGGUCUCCAACUAGGUUAUGGUCAGUUUCCUCCCAACUCCUCCGCGCCUCCCUCGCCUCACUUCGUGUGUCUUCUCGACCCCACAGCCCCCCAGGGCAACACCCCACGUCUGAACCGCCCAGUGCGCACACUCCGUCCGUCCACACAAAACCCUCAGGCCCCAUACCGCAAGCGGUCCCGGGAGGCCUCACCAUCGGACGAGGGCCCCACACCGAGUGUCAAGAAGGCCGUAUGGCCCCAGGACUACCCGCCUUGCUUUGACAUACGCGCCGAUCUAGACAAGAUAGUCGAAUGCAAGUGGGCGGCCAAUGGGCGAAAGUGCGGUUAUCGUGACACGCUCGACAACUUCACCGAGCUCCACGUCAUGGACGCCUCCGGCCACAAGCACGACCUCGACCGCACCGCGCAUCUGGAGGUCUUCAAGGGGGUCGAGAGGACGGUGCUGCUCUGCCGGUGGGCCGGGUGCGAGCUGAACGAAAAGGGCAGGUUCAUCGACAAGGACAACUUCCUGCGCCACGUCAAGGACACGCACCUGCAGGAGAGCUACCUUGAGUGCUACUUCUGCAAGUAUCGCGCGCGCGGAGACUCGUACAGGAAGCGGCACGGCCCCGCGCUGCGCUGCCCUCGCCUCCCGUACCUUCUCGCUGGCGCGGGCUCGCCGGCUUCUUUAUCCCCCAAGCCUUCCUCCUCAUCCGUUUCACCAUCACCGUCGACAAGCGGCUCUGGAACCCCCUCCCCAUUCGCCUACGAGACUCCCCGGUACGCUUCGACGCCCACCUCAACCUCGACGCGCGCCCCGACCGCCGCCCAGCCGUCGCCGCCCCCUGCGAGCCCUUCUCCUCAGCAUCCGCACACCGACACUCCCCCGGUGUUCCCGCAGUACACGGAGCCCAUUCCCCGGAUAGUCCCUUCGUCGCCCCGCGUCGUCUCCGCGCCGGUGACCCCGUCGGGACUCCGCGUCCCUUCCCCGCCGCCCGUCCCCGCGCCCCCCGCGGCGCCCGAGCCGGUCAACCUCGGAGUCGCGGACAGCGCCACGCAGGCGGUCGCCGGCUUCCUCGACUACGACUUUGACCUCGGGCACGACUUUUUCAACUACUUCAGCCUCGACCUCGGCCUCGACCGCGGAUUCGAGUUCGAUCCGCUGCUCGACCUUGACGAGGCGGGAGCAGACUUCCCUGAGCCGUCCGGGGCGCGCCUGGAGAUCGUGGGUUGA